UCUUCAACGGUUUCAUGUGAGAGUUUUAUUAAAACUAACCACCUAAGAAGUCUGUAUUUUUAUUAUUUGAUUGUAUAACAACUAGUGAUACGUGACGAGCGGAGAACGCAUGACAAUCAGCAAUUGCAUUCAACCAACGAAAAAGUAGAAAGUUUAAGGUGUAACGAAUGAUGAACUGAACGAGUAGUUAGCAAGUAUUUUGCUUCACACACACCCUUCAUGCACGUCGAUCCUCGAAAUUUAUCGGGAUGAGCGCGUCACAAGAUGAGAACGAGCGUAAGAAACGUUCUCUGGAGGCUGGCAGAGAAAUGUUGGAAAGAUACAAGGCAAAGAGAUAUAAUAAGGACAAAAACACAAGCAUGGAGAAUACAGAGCAGUCUGACGAUGAGUCGUUACACACCGACAAGUCCUUGUUGCUUAAAGAAUCUGGAGCCAAUGAAGGUACAUCUUCACGAGAUAUAACAUACAGUAGCGUUAGUGUAAGCGAAGGAGAAGCUGACGCUGACUUAGAAGGACUAGCAGGACGUGUCGCAGAAUUGGAAGAGUUAUUGGAAGGAAAAGAGGCAAUAGUUGGAGCUUUAAAUGACGAAAUUGAUCAUUUACGAGCAGAGGCAUCUUCGCCAAAUUCAUCACAGAGUCAAAGCAGCAGUAUACAUGGAAGAGAUAUUAUAUCUUUGUAUCAUGUAAAAUUGCAAGAAUUUGAAAGAGCAGUGAAUCAACGUGACAAUCUAAUAGAACACUUAACAUCGUCUUUAGCACAGGCAUUAUCUGCCAGAGAUGCUGUCACGGCGCAGCUUAAUGCUAUGAAUUCCAUGCAGUUAACCAAUUCUAUGGUAGAUAAUGUGAAUUUACAACAGAAAAUUGACGUCUUAGAAAAAACAAUGAAUGAUCAAGAAGCGUUGAUUCGUCGGCUGAACGCGCAACUGACAGAUAUUCAUGAACAUGUACAAACGUUGGAGAUGGAAAGAGAGACGCGAAACGCAGAAAUUAGCGAUUAUAAGACGCAAAUAAAUAAUUUAAAUGAACAAAUCCGACUUGGCGCAGCGGAAAAGAAUUUAAAUAUUGACGAAACUUUGGAGCAACAGAAACAGUACGAGGCACGCGUGGAUAAAAUCAAGCAGGAUAUGCAGCACAUUUUGAAUAAGUUCACUGCCGUAACAAAUGCUAAUGCAAUACGUCAUCAGCAGGAACUGAAGGAUCUAGCUAUCAAAAGUGAGACUGAGAUUGCUAAUAUAAAAACCAAACAUGAGGAAUCCAUGAAGAUACUGAAGGAUGACAAUAAAAUGUUAGCCGAUCGUUUGAACAAAGAUCUACCGGACUUGGAAAGCAGACAUGCCAAGGAACUGUCUGUCUUCCAGACGCAGCUAGCUUACUAUAAGAAAACCGUCGAGGCGUUGAAGCUCGAGCUGGUUAAUCACUCAGAAUCGCAGAAGGUCGCUCAGUCGGAAGCGAAUCUGUACAAAUCUAAGCUCGAGGAGUUCAAAUUCGAGGCGGAAAACGAGCGUCGCCGGCAAGGUUUGCACUUCCAAAAGGAGAAGCAGUUGCUGACCGAGCAGAUCAAGUUGCACAAAAUCCAGUUGGAGGAUAUCACGUCGAAGCACAUCGCGACGAUGAGCAUUCUGGAGUCGAAGGAGAGCAUCGAGCGAUCGCUGGAGCAAGCACUGAUGAACGCGGCCACGCUGAAGCAGGAGAAUGACACGCUGAAGUUCAAGCUGGACGAUCUGUCGUGCAGAUACUCCAUGGCGCAGUCGGCGAUUGAGAAUAGUCAGAUGCACGAGAGGACUCUGAGCGGCAGAAUGUACGAUCUGGAGAGGUCUUUGUCGCGUUUCGACGCUACGAGCGUCAGCACGAAUAGCGAGCUGUGCGAGACCAUGUACAAGACUUUCGACGAGGAAGCCAUUCAGAAUCAGAUGGUGCGGCGAAAUCUGGAGGAGAAGGCGGAAGUAGAGAGGCUGCUGAGCGAGAGGAUCCACACGCUCGAGGAGAAUCUGUUCAAAGCAAACGACGAGCUGAAACAGGCCGAUCUCGCGAAGAGGGCCUACGAGAAGCAGUUGAAGGACAUGAGAAACACGAGCGACAAGCUGCAGCAGGAAGUCAAUUCGUUGAGAGAAUCGAGUCGCGCGAUAUCUCGUGACACCUCGCUCGAGGAACGCUCGGAAAACGCUGCGGUGAUUAUUGAGAACGACUCGACACGACGACUGGUGGAGGAUCAACAGAGAGAAAUCGAGAGCUUGAAGCUGCUGUUGGAGCAGAGAGAGACGGAGAAUGCGAGCUGCAAGAAGGAUCUGGCCGAAAUGACGGAUAAAACGAGGAAACUGGAGGCGCAGUGUCAGCAAUUGAAAGAUGGCCUGGCUAACGCGUGGGCUCAGUGCGAGGAGUUCGAGCAGAAGUUGAACCAGACUAUGAACGAUAGCAACAGAGUGAACACCUCCGUGAACAGCACGAUUUCGUCCAAGCAGCUGGGAACGAACGAGAGCUUGGACAACAGUCGGAACACGGCGGAUCAGAGGAAAGUUCCGGAGCAGGACGAUACCGACGCUAACACUCUGACGGACGAGAAUUGCCUGAAGAACGACCAGCAGAAUCUGUACAAAGAGCUGCAGCAGAUUCUAGAGGGCGAGUCGAGUCUGGAUGAAGUCAAGGUGAAGUUGAACCGUUAUUACGCUGUGUGCGAGAAAAUAAUCGAGGAGAAGGCGCAGUUCUUGUCGGAGAACGCCUCGCGGGAACCGCAGGAUGGCGGAAAUACUUUGCAGAAAUCCUUGGAUAACUUGUGCAUGGAGAAAAAGCUAUUGACCCAAGAAAUCGAGGACGCGAUGAAUCGGCGUAAGGAGCAGCUGGAAGCUAUGAGAGCCGAUUCUGCGAAAGAAAUCAACAGAUUGCGUUUGUUGUUGCAGAAUCUCAAGGGUGGUAGUGCAAGUAUGAACGAUUUGAAAGUCGAGCUGGAAGCGCGCCAUGCCAAGGAGAUGGAAGAGCUGAGAACAUAUUUCGAACGGAAAUGCCUGCAGAUGGAAAAGCAGUACUCCGAGGAAGUAUUCAGUCAACAAUCCAAGCGAAUCUCCGACAACGACAGCGAAACCGAAGAGCUGACCGACGACUUGUACUUCGGCGGUGCCGGAGACUGUCUGAAUAUGUCUAAUUCACGAGCGGCGACUCCCAGUGCCAUCGAGGAGUCCCUGAGAAUCCGUUUUCUGGACGCUGAGAACCAAACGCGAAUCGAGACGGAAUACGAAAACGACAUGAGAGCCUUGCGGCAGGAAUUAGAGCAUAAAGUAAAUGAGAUUCAGAGUAUCAGGACUGCCUAUGAGAAAGCGAUCGAGGAACAGAAGGAAUUGUUCGAAUGUCAAAUUCGCGAUAUUGAGGCGAAGCUUGAACGUUCGCAGACUAUUCCCGUUGCGCACCAGUAUUGUCAGACAGAAUGGGAAGCAUUGGAGAAUGGUGAAUUGUCAAAUUUGCGUGCUGCGUAUAAUCAUCAGUUGCAAGAGCAGAUCGAGCUAGCUAGACAGGAUAUUGUCAACGGUCUGCUAGAACAAUUUGAGACGCUAUUAUCGGUGGAAGAAGACAAAGAAGACGAUUGGCCGGCCGAGUUAUUAGAAUUGCGGGACAAAUUUACUCGCAAUGCCAAGCAAGAAAUUCAGGAAUUGAAGAAAACGCAUAGCGCGGAAUUGGCACGACUGAAAGAUGAGCACGACUCCGUCGUAACGAGAGUGCUUGAACAAUGUCAAAAGGAAAUCAGCCUUCUUAAGGCGCAAAAUGCAGCUAAGACGCAAGAAACUAUUUACGUCGGAUCUUCGGAAAGCAAUAUUACGGAAGAAAGAGAUAAUCUGCGGAGGACGUGUGCGACUCUCCAAAAUUUAAUUGGGGAAUUGGUGAAAUACUUCGCCGUUUGUGAAGAGGAAGUUAACAACACUUUGAUCAACGAGGUUUUGAGAAGACAGUUAUCAGAGUCCGCCUUUAACUGCGAAGAAAACUUAAGCAAAGACAAUAACACUCCUGUGUCAGAGGCACAAUGCAAGGAUCUGUCCAAUCAACUGGUUAAAAGAGUCCAUUUCGCUCCACAAUUCAACAAAAUCACAUCUAUCGUUAAUAGCGACACUAGGACGCUGCAAAGCUUGAUCGACGAAGACGCGGACGAGAAAUUGAGGAAAGAGUUGAAAGCUUGCUUGAGACGCUUGAAGUCGGAUAGUACGGAAAUCCUUAAUUCUUCGCUACCGUGUGGCAAAGACAAAGUCGCAUUGCCACCAAAGGAUACUGACUUGACGAGCAAAAUUAACGAAGAGCUUUCCUUGAAGUUAAACCAUGCUGAAACCUUGAUAAUGAGUUAUCAAGAAGAGACGGAACAGCUGAAGAUGCAUAUCUUGGAAUUGCAGCGGAAGUUGAUUAAUGUGGAAAACAAGAAAGAAGUCAUUACGGAAGGAUACGGUGAGAGUGAUCUUCCCAGAGGCGAUAUUGGACUGCAGGACUUUUCACAGCUGCAAGAAAAAGCUAGACACGUAUUAUCGAACGGCGGCGGCGACGCAUCUUAUUUACUGCAAUUAAUAGAAGAGCUAUGCAGGCAGAACGACAAACUGAUGGACGAUGCUAGGAAGGACAAAGAGGACUUGCAGCAGCAGCAGGUGCCUUUAGAACCUACUCCUACCCCAUACAUUCACAGGGUUUGCUGCGAAAAGAUCGAGGCAGCGGACAAGCAGUUGCGAGCGACGCGCCGAUUUCUGGACGAGCAAGCGAGCGAACGCGAGAUGGAGCGGGAUGACGUCGCGAAGCAAAUACGCUUCUUGCAGGAACAACUGAAGGAGCGCGAGCGCGAAAAAGAGAGAGAUAUGCGUAUCAGUUCUGAGUCUGAGCUAUCAUCUGAAACAUCUUCAGACGCGGCUGAGCUUCAAACAGUUGACGUCAAUGCAACCGUGGAGGCUCUCGAAUCUCAGAUGAGAGAGAUGUCGUCGUUGAUGUCGGACACGGAAGCCAAGAAGUCGGAAAAGGAGAGCGAACUGAAGGCUGCGGUGGACAAGAUAUGGGUCCUGCGGGAAAUCAUUAAGGAUUUGGAGCAACAGCUGCAAGUCAAGAUUGAGAGGGAGGAAUCCUUGCAAGUACAAAUCGGUCAGUUGGAGACCGUGAUAACGGCGCAGACGAAGAACCAACAAGAGCUGGUCCAAGAGUUGGACGCCAUCAAGUCCGGCAGCGAGAGCAGGCAGCUGAAUGAACAAAUUAUCCAAUUAGAAGAGGAAUUGCACAAACACAAGUUGAGCUCGGAACAUUUCAACGUGAACUCGUCCGUCCUGAAGCAGAUGAAAACGGAACUCCGUGAGAUGCAGAAUCAAUUGGACAAGAGAAUUCGAGAACUGGAAUCGGCGCACAUGUGCGGCUCAAAUUUGAGCCUGAGCCAGCCGAGCGAAGACGUUUCCAUCAGGGAACAGAUCGACGCAACGAGAUGCCUGACUCCGGAUGACCCGACCUCACCACCGAUGCUGCCUUUAGAUCAAGUGCUCAAACUAAAGGAUAAGAUGCUGAAGCAUGCGCGAGCGGAGGAUGUGGCCUUCAAGAGGAUCAAGGAUCUGGAGAUGCAGUUGACAACGAUGAAAAAUCAAAACGAGGAAUUAAUGGCGGAGCAGGAAAUCUUGCAUCAGACGGCGUCCGAGCAAUUGUUCCAAAUCGAGACGAUGCGCGGCCGCUUGGAACAACACAAGCAGAGUGCUCCAUUUGUCCAGAAACAAGCGACGUCACGUUUAGAAUUACAGCUUCAUGAAGCCACCACGAAGUAUCACUCCUUAGAACAGAUCGUUAUCGACAGGGAGCUAGAGGUGAAAGAGUUGAGAAAUCAGCUCGACAGGGCUAAUCAGUUACUGGCGGAAAAGGAAACGGAGGUGGAAAACCUCGUGCAGUCGGAACGUGGCGCGCUGCAAAAGCUGAAAGAACAACUGAAACUCGUUCAAGAGGAGAGGAAUAUGUUGCAGAUACAGCUUGGCGCGCAGCAAGAGCAUGCCCAAUUACCGCCGCUGAUCGAUACCAUAUUAGCUGACAAAAACGAGGAGAUCGAUCAUCUGAAGGAGCAACUGUCCAAGAAAGAGAAACAGUUAGAAGCGUAUUCGUCUUCACUCGCGUUGAACGACGUGCAGUUGAAGGAUCUGACGAAACAGGUGGAGCCCAAGAACAGCGCGCGUACAUUGAGCGACAUCAUCUCCAUUCAUUCGGAAUGCGAAGAAUACCCCGAAAACAUUCGGGAGCCCAACGUAACUCAUGUGUCACACAACCUGUCCAGUUUCCGAGUUUCCGGAGCCGCGAAGAAUACGUUAAAUCCCAACAAUACAAACAGUUUGAACACUUUGGAAGCGCCUUUGUUCGACGCGGACAAAAUGGACGCGCAAGUGCCAUCGUUGGAUUUGGAUUCACAUACCCACACACAGAGCCCCAGCAACUUCGUUCACAAUUCGGAACUGGAAUUGCACCACACCGAGGACGAAUCAAAAUCAUCGUCCGCCAAGAACAAUGACAGCAGCGAAGAUUUCCAACAAGCCGAGUUGCUCAAUGAAAAAUUGAGGGAGAUCGAGAACUUGUCGAGUCAGUUGCAAACUGUGCAACGGGAAUUGGAGACGAAGUCCGAUCUUCUGGUUAAGUACGAGACAGAUUUGACUUACCUGCAGAAACAAUACCAAGACCUGCACGACGAAUACAAGGAAACGGUCGAGAACCUGGUGCGAGACAAGAAUUUCUACAAAGGCCAGUACGAGCUGACUCAGGCGUCGGAGAACAAGAUCAAGAAGGACCUGGAGGAAGUGGAGAACAUCUUGAAACUGAAGAUGGACGAGCUCGAGGAUCACAAGGAUAGGCUGCAGGUGAACGAGAGGAUCCUCACGGAACUGAACGCCGAGAAUAUACGGCUGAAGAAGGAGAUGGAGAACAGGGAGAAGGAUCAGUCGAGAAGGAGCAGCUUGUUGCUGCAGGAGAAGGCGCAGGAGCUGCAGAGGUUCAAGGAACUCAUUCUGGAGAAGGACAUUACGCUGGAGACGCUGCAGACGCGCAAUAUCGAGAUCGAAAACGAGAACAAGCAGCUGUACGAUUUCAAGACGAGGGUUUACGCGCGCGAGCAGGAGAUCGUCAAGUUGCAGGACGAGGUUCUAAGGUUGACGGACGGCCUGAACAACCGGGACCUGGUGAUCCGCAGGCUGGAGGAGCUGGCGAGGCGAAUGAGCGACAGCCACUCGGGCGCGUCGUCACCGUUGUCCCCCGGCAGCAAGAACCGAGAGAUCCAUAAUUUGCAGGAAUUCUUGAAGGAGCAGGACAAGGUGAUCAGACAGAUGAGCGACGACAGCAAGAGUCUGCACCGAGCGUUGGAGAUUAUUCAGAGCAAAAUGAAGGAAUCGGGUAACGUCGUGGAGCUGAGGAAGAAACUAAAGGACGAGCGUAGCCUGAACGCCGAACUGAAGGACGCGGUGCAACGACUACAGAAGGAACUGGAAGACCUGAGGGAUGCGUGGGUGCAGCGUUCACAGGACGACAGUGACAUCGAGGAUAUGGUCCAGCGGGAGUUGAACCUCUCCGCGCAGUUGGACGAGCAACUCAUGCAGGUCAUCAAAGACGACGGUGAAGAAGUCGCGGCAGGAACGUCGGAAGGGCAGCAACAGCCGGCUCAGACGUACAAGGACAACGAGGCGCUGAGGAGGUUGAAGGACGACUUGGAGGUUGAACGAGAUAUGAUGAAACAUCAAAUUGCCGAGUACGAGGACCGUAUCCUGGAGCUGAAGGCGGACCUGGUGGAAGAGACGAAGAAGAUGGCCAAGCUGAACAAGGACUUGAUCACGGAAAGGAACACCGUGCAGUUCCUGAGGGUGCAGAUCGACGAGCAUCGCCGGGUGACGGAAGCGGGACGUGUUCAGGACACCAAGUUGAUCGAGUUCCUGCAGAGUAAACUGAAAGCUUCUCUGGAGAAUGAGGAGAAACUCCGCAAUGACCUGGCGUCGAUGAAUCAGCAGCAGAUCAGUCUCGAUUCUCAGUUGACGUCUAUGAGAAAGUUGAUGGAAGCGGGAAACGCCAACAAGGGCUCGUCGAAAUUCGCCCCAACCUGCCGGAAUGAAUUGCAGAGGGCAAGCUCAGAUCCCAAGGAGAAUCGGGACAACAAUGCUGAGCUGCGGGAUAACAUAAAGCGGCUGGAAGUGGAGAUGAGUCGGUACGAGAAGCGUCUGGAGAUCGCUACGGAGGAGCGGGAGAGACUCAUCAGCGACUUGGCGUUGGCCAACGGGCGCAAGGAGAUCUUAGAGGCGGAUCUGCAGAGAACCAUCAAGGAGCUGAAGACACGGGAGGAAGAGUGUGAUUAUCUGCAGAAGCAGAUACACGUGCUGACCGAGGCCGGGAGCAGGAAACAAGAGCAACGUGACGUCGAGAUGGGUGAGAUCAAAGGGCUGCGCCGAGAAAUCAACAUCGCCAGGGAGACCCGGAUAGACCUGGAGGCCGACAUCAAGUACGCGAAACAGGAGCUGAAGGAGACCUCGGAGCGGGAGCUGAAGCUCGCGCGCACAGUGGAGUCCUUGAAGGAGCGGGAGGCCGAGCUCAACACGAAACUAGCGCUCUCGAAGGAGCGGGAGAGGAAGCUGAAGGAAUUGAUCGAAGAGCUGCAGGCGAGCUUGAGCGCCGCUAUCUGGAGGGAGGAGGACAUCAGAGAUCUGAGGAACAAGCUGUCGGACGCGAAGGACAUUCCCGUGAACUUCGCACGGCAGAUCAGAGAGCUGCACGAGAAAGUCGAGAAGUAUGCCGCCGAGAGGAAUUACUUCCAGGACAAGCUCGCCCGGACGAGAGAGGAGAAAGAAACGUCGGUGCAGCAUAUAAGGGCGCUCGAAGGGCAGAUCAAGAGAUUGAAAAACGCCCAGGCCUCGAAUUAUCCGAUUCCCAUCGAGAGGUUGCGAAAUUUCUACGGCAAGUAUCUGCGAGUGGACAGCAGACGGAAGGCGUUAGCCUAUCAGAAGAGGUACUUGCUGUGUAUAAUCGGCGGUUUUCAGUAUUGCAAGGAGAACACGCUGUACGCUAUCGCGCAAAUGACACAAAAUCAACGAUCGUACACGCGGUUGCAGCACGGAAAGGUGCGUCUCAAGAUCGUUGUAUUAGUGGUUAUUGGUACACUGAGGAUGAAGUGGUUGAUCGAACGCUGGCGAAUGGGGAAACGCGUGGGCGCCAACGUUCUUAUGGAUUGUAUCGACCAGUUAAUCGAGAAGCCGCUCACCAGGAAGCCUACGUCUAAUCAUUCUCCGCCUGUCAGAGAAAGAGCGACAGCGAAUGGAUGUGGCGAAUUAAACGAUUUUGCACUUGAACAGUAUUACCAACAAGUAAGAAACUUCCAACAGACAGUCGAAUCAGCUAUGGCGGACUCUGGAACUAGUCAUAUUAUCUCAGAAUAACAUUACAUGUAUAUUUUUAGUACACCUAGAAGUUUAUCUGUACAGUGUUAGCAUUAAGUGUUGUCAUGUAAUUGUUAAAACGGUGCAUUAUAGAGGUCGUGUUUUUUGAACUGGUUCUUUACAGUUUUACGAUUUAGAAGUUUUUAGAUCAUUGGACCAAUAUCGACUUUUGGAAUUGUCCAAUUUUGAAUUUCUAUAUUUUGGAGAAAUUAGUAUGUUGGGAAUACUAAUUUAACGAAGAAAAGACUUUCAUAUGAAUUAUAUAUUAUUGAAAUUUAAUUUAAUUUAAUUUUUAUUGAAUCUUAAUGAAGUUAUUGAUGAAAAAUAUUAUUUUUAAUCAGUGUUCGCUGUCUCAAGGUCUUCGAGUGGAAACUUUUCUUUAUUUGCCACUUACUAUUUCCCCCUUUUUGAGAAAUACGACCUAUAUUUUACACUAAAUUGCAGUCGUUGAUAACCGAUCUGCAUGGGAUUUCUAUUUCCGUUCGACUGCACGGUUUACAUCGCACCGAUUUAUCGUUAACACUUGAUGAUGGAAUGUAAAUUUCGUCAGGUCGACCGGAAGUAAAUGGAACUGGGCAUUUACACAAAUUCUGUAAUAGACUGUCGAUUUUAUAUUUUUUUAACUCGUUCACGUGUCACGCACGAGACUAGAAUCACGAUAUUUAUCUCUCAUUAAUUGCGGUGGCAGAAUUUCGACAUGUCACCGAUAAAAUAUGAGAAAACGGUUGUCGUUAAUGGGUAAGGAAGGGUGUUUGCGUGUAGUUUUUAGGGUUGCAGGAUACGUACGUGAGAGACUUCGAUCAGUUAUCGGCGGGAGAAAAACAAUUUCUCCGCGAAAAUUACAAUUAGCGUUAGACGUUGCGUGUUCGUUCACGAUAAUGUGCGGACUAUAUUAGUGUAGAUUACAUUGUAAGUAAGAGUGAACCCCGCGUGCCUUGUACGCCAUAAAGCGCGUCCAUUAUUUAUUAAUCGACGGAUUGUAAUAAGCUUUUUAUAUAUCGCGAGUUGCAUGCAGUGUAAACACUUUUUCCGUGAGAUGCGUAAUAAAGAAUUGAUCUUUUAAUA